AUGAUUCACCGGUACAUCAGGAGGCCAUUUAGAGCGUUUCAUACAGUCAAGAGCUCAGUCAAUUCACGCUGGGUCUAUCUCAAUACAGCACUAACAAGGUGCAUCCUUGCGAUGAGCGAUCUCCAGCUCGCCACCGGUAUUGGCAUACUUAUCAGUGGCUAUGCGCAGCUUCGCUGUGGCCUUUCGUGCUACCACUGGCUGGUCAUAGGUCGUCUCGCCUGGUUCUCAAGUCUUACACAUCUUUCAUGCCUGACCCUUUUGAGGAACUAUCUCCACAAUCGAAAGUCUGAACGUCAGUGGAGACUAGCUCUGAUGUUGGUACUUAUCAUUAUGCUGAUUACUGCCAUUGUUCCCACUGGACGGUAUGAUUGGACUCUUGACUUUGAAUUUGAUAUCCACUCCAGCGACGAUAGUCCACGGCCGAGCGAGUAUGCCAUCUGCUGGUUUUCCACCCUGCCCCCCGCAUACCCUUUUGGCACACUUUUGUCCAUGGUCGUACUAGUUUUACUGGCUGGGCUAGGGUUUAUAAUCCGAGCCAUCAAGCUUCAUAAGCCUCUGUCUGACCUGCUCGUCAAGACGAGGACACGUAUAAGCGAAGGCUUGCGCCGCCAGCUGUGGAUGUUAUAUCGGUGCAAGACACGCCGGAGAGGGCUGCCGCGCUUUACAGGGAAUGCUCUAUAUUAUCCAGCAUUGGCAUUAUUCCUAUCAUUGCGCCUCUUUGCCGACCAUUUUUCCUCAAUGUUCUUUGAGGUAUUCUGGCUACUUGCCAGUUUCCUCAUUGGCUUGUGGAGCUUGCUAAGGGCUAUACAUAUUUUUGACCCAGAUCCCGAUUUUCUAGGACUCUUUGACGACGUGAGCACUAAUAAAUGGAGCUUUGGGCAGGUCAUGCCCGUUAUUCUUCUUGCCCUUCCUCUGAUCGCUAUACUUGAGUCUUUUUACCCAGACAAUCAGGCUGGUGUUUCCUCAAAUGUGGGUACAGCUCCAACCGAUAAUAUAUCCAAUAGCGCACCCACAAUGAUCGGGAUACCAAACAUGCCUCCAACGGUCAAUCGCUCGACGCUGAAUCCAGACCACAACUACUACCGCUAUACAACUGUAAUGGGAGCAGGGACUGCGUAUAUUCUGCUCUGUGAACUCGGAUUACUGUUAUUGGCCCUGGUCUAUGGGCUUGGUACCACGCCGGUGUUGGCUGCAACUGCCCUAGGACUGGGGUGUAUAACUCCGCUUAUUGGGCUAUGGGCCACUGUACUUGUUUCAUUUCCAAUAGAGCUGCUUGCGAGCAGGAAAGGCAGAUCCCGGUACUUGAGGCUCUUACAGCCAGCGAACGUGGUGUUGAUUUCCUGUGUUUCUGGAGGGUUGAUUUUUGUACUCUCCUUUUUCGGUGUGUAG